GAGAGAAAUGGAGAUUUUGAGAGAUCAACCGAAGAGCCACUCCGAUGAAUCGUUCAAACUCGCUAUCGCAAUGGCACUCGUCCGAUCAAAGCUCCUCCACAAGCCUCCGGCAGCAACACCGGCUCCGCCUUCUUCCUCCAUCGCCGCCGUUCCUCAACCUGCCGCCGCAGCUUCUUCUUCCUGCGCGCCUCUUUCUCAUUCCGAUGAUGCUGUUAAAUGGAAACAAAAAGCAAAAGAGCGUAAACGAGAAAUUCUCAGGCUCAAGGAGGAUCUCAAAGUAGCCGAAGAUGGUUCACAGUGUGAUAUAUUUCCAAAAAGUGCAUCAUGCAAGUGUUAUUUCUUUGAUAAGUUGGGAUUAUUGAGUCCUAAGAAAAUUGGAGCUGGUUCUGACCAACGGUUCAGUGAUGUGUUGCGGAGAAGAUUUCUCAGACAAGUGAGGAUUAAGGAGAGAAAGAGGAGAAGACCAGAUGAUUCCUUACUUCACCGCAUUUCAGAACAUGACAAUGAAAAUAAUGUUGAGCAACUGAGUGCUUCAGUUGAUUUUCUUUUGGAGCUUUGUGACACUAUUUCUCCUCAAAGUUUGGAGGAAGGUAAUUUUAAGAACUGGUGCCACCAAGCCGUGGACUUUAUUCUUGGUACACUGGCUACAAUGACACCAACUGAAAGAAACAGAGAGCCCGUGGAAGGCAUUAUCAACAGUUUAAUCAUACGUUUAUUGAGAAGAAUGUGCAGUGCCUUGCAUAGAGAUGACUCUCAUCACUUUGACGCUGAUGUUCAGUUCUAUAUUCAACAUUUGAUGCGUAAGGUCGGAAAUGAGGCUUUUGUCGGCCAGUGUCUAAUAUUUGCAGUUUCUCAAAGGAUUUCUGCAAUGGCAGAAAGUUUGCUUUUCAUGGAUCCAUUUGAUGAUGCCUUUCCAAGUAUGCAUAAUUCUAUGUACAUGAUGAUUCAGCUUAUUGAAUUUCUGGUUUCAGAUUAUUUGUUAACCUGGUCAAAAGGUGGAGAUUUCGACAUAAGGCUUUUUGAAGAAUGGGUUGUAUCAAUUCUCCACGGAAGAAAAACAUUGGAACUUCUAGAAAACAGGAAUUCUCUUUAUGUCCUGUACAUAGAUCGUGUAAUCGGAGUUGUGGCCAAGCAAGUGGGACAGUUGUCAUUUCUGCAAAAGCUAAACCCACAGAUUCUUGAGAACUUGUUUAGCUAAGCACUGACCUGCAGCUUUUCCCUUGUGAACUGUAAGUAGCUUGCUUUCAACACAAAUCUUCUUUUCUUGUGCAUAGAAAAUUCAGCUGUG